CGCCCGGGGACCCCGCGCCGCCAUUGAGGGCGAGCCAAGAUGGCGGCGGCUUGGGCUGCGUGAGCGAGACGGGAGAGGCGGCGGCCGAGGCCAGGGGCUCCGGGGCCUGGGCGCGCUCGGGCGGCCAGAGCGGAGGGGCGUCGCGAGCGGCGGGCGCGGUCGCUGCGGGCGCGGGCUCCCGGCGGCGGGGCCUCGGGGCGGGGGGCGCGGGCCGGGCCGGAGAACAUGGCGGCGGCGGCCUGAGGCGGCGCGGGAAGCGACCUGCGGGGCCGAUGGCGGCGGCGGCGGCGGCCCGGCAGUGAGCGAUGCGCGGGCGGCAGUGAGCGGAGCCUCCGUCCCUCCGGCCGCUCCUGGGCGACGCGGGGCCCGCGCCUCGGCCGCGGCGGCACGAUGACCGACACCCGGCGGCGGGUGAAGGUGUACACGCUCAACGAGGACCGGCAGUGGGACGACCGGGGCACCGGGCACGUGUCGUCGGGCUACGUGGAGCGGCUGAAGGGCAUGUCGCUGCUCGUCAGGGCGGAGAGCGACGGUUCUCUACUUUUAGAAUCCAAAAUAAAUCCCAACACUGCAUACCAGAAACAACAGGAUACUUUGAUUGUAUGGUCUGAAGCAGAAAAUUAUGACUUGGCCCUUAGCUUUCAGGAAAAAGCUGGAUGCGAUGAAAUUUGGGAGAAAAUAUGUCAGGUUCAAGGCAAGGACCCAUCAGUGGACAUCACUCAGGACCUUGUUGAUGAAUCUGAAGAGGAGCGUUUUGAUGAUAUGUCAUCACCAGGUUUAGAAUUGCCAUCCUGUGAAUUAAGUCGCCUAGAAGAAAUUGCAGAACUUGUGGCAUCAUCUUUACCUUCCCCCCUUCGUCGUGAAAAACUUGCACUAGCACUGGAAAAUGAGGGUUAUAUUAAAAAGCUCCUGGAGCUUUUUCAUGUGUGUGAGGAUUUGGAAAAUAUUGAAGGACUACACCACUUAUAUGAAAUUAUCAAAGGCAUCUUUCUCUUGAAUCGAACUGCUCUUUUUGAAGUUAUGUUCUCCGAGGAAUGUAUAAUGGACGUCAUUGGAUGCUUGGAAUAUGAUCCUGCAUUAUCACAACCACGAAAACACAGGGAAUUUCUAACAAAAACAGCUAAGUUUAAAGAAGUGAUUCCCAUAUCAGAUCCUGAGUUGAAGCAAAAAAUUCAUCAGACAUACAGAGUUCAGUAUAUACAAGAUAUGGUUCUACCUACCCCUUCAGUUUUUGAAGAAAAUAUGUUAUCUACACUUCAUUCCUUUAUUUUCUUCAAUAAGGUAGAAAUUGUUGGUAUGUUACAGGAAGAUGAAAAAUUUCUGACAGAUUUGUUUGCACAACUAACAGAUGAAUCUACAGAUGAAGAAAAAAGGCAAGAAUUGGUUAACUUUUUAAAAGAAUUUUGUGCAUUUUCCCAAACGCUACAACCUCAAAACAGAGAUGCUUUCUUCAAGACUUUGUCAAACAUGGGCAUAUUACCAGCUUUAGAAGUCAUCCUUGGCAUGGAUGAUACACAGGUGCGAAGUGCUGCUACUGAUAUCUUCUCAUACUUGGUCGAGUACAACCCUUCCAUGGUGCGAGAGUUUGUCAUGCAGGAGGCACAGCAGAAUGAUGAUGAUAUUUUGCUCAUCAACCUCAUUAUAGAACAUAUGAUUUGUGAUACAGACCCUGAGCUUGGAGGAGCAGUCCAACUGAUGGGCCUGCUUCGAACUUUAGUUGAUCCAGAGAACAUGCUAGCUACUGCCAAUAAAACAGAAAAGACCGAGUUUCUGGGUUUCUUCUAUAAGCACUGUAUGCAUGUCCUCACUGCUCCUUUACUGGCAAAUACCACAGAAGAAAAGCCUAGCAAAGAUGAUUUUCAGACUGCCCAGCUGUUGGCACUGGUAUUGGAGUUGUUGACAUUCUGUGUGGAGCACCAUACCUACCACAUAAAGAACUACAUCAUUAAUAAGGACAUCCUCCGGAGAGUGCUAGUUCUGAUGGCUUCCAAGCAUGCUUUCUUGGCAUUAUGUGCUCUUCGCUUUAUGAGAAAGAUUAUUGGAUUAAAAGAUGAGUUUUACAACCGCUACAUAAUGAAAAGUUUUUUGUUUGAACCAGUAGUCAAAGCAUUUCUCAAUAAUGGAUCCCGCUACAAUCUGAUGAACUCUGCCGUACUAGAGAUGUUUGAAUUUAUUAGAGUGGAAGAUAUAAAAUCAUUAACUGCUCAUGUAAUUGAAAAUUACUGGAAAGCACUGGAAGAUGUAGAUUACGUGCAGACAUUUAAAGGAUUGAAACUGAGAUUUGAACAACAAAGAGAAAGACAAGAUAAUCCUAAACUUGAUAGUAUGCGUUCCAUUUUGAGGAAUCAUAGAUACCGAAGAGAUGCCAGAACACUAGAAGAUGAAGAAGAGAUGUGGUUUAACACAGAUGAGGAUGACAUGGACGACGGGGAGGCUGUAGUGUCUCCAUCUGACAAGUGUAAAAAUGAUGAUGACAUUAUGGACCCUAUAAGUAAAUUCAUGGAAAGAAAAAAACUCAAAGAAAGCGAGGAAAAGGAGGCGCUUCUGAAAACGAAUCUUUCUGGUCGGCAGAGCCCAAGUUUCAAGCUUUCUCUCUCCAGUGGAACAAAGACAAACCUCACCAGCCAGUCACCUACAGCAAACUUGCCUGGCUCCCCGGGGUCUCCAGGAUCUCCUGGAUCCGUCCCUAAACAUACAUCUCCGACGGCAGCUAUUACUACAAAGGGAGGCCUCGUGGGUCUGGUAGAUUAUCCUGAUGAUGAUGAAGAUGAUGAUGAGGAUGAGGAGAAAGAAGACACGCUACCAUUGUCAAAGAAAGCCAAGUUUGAGUCAUAAUAAUGACAGCUGCUUCUGACCAGCACCUGUUGAGUAAACUGGCUCUCCCCCUCCCCCCACAAAACCCACAGCACAGCCGUGGUCUCUCGGGAUGGCCCAAUCCACUCACACGAGCCUCGCACACAUGACUUCUGCUCGUCAAGUGCCAAUUCAAUGGAGCAGGAGGGGAUGUUUGCAGUUAGGGGAAAGACUCAGCCUUGAAGCUCUCCAGUUUGGACCACAUGUUGCCCUUUUCUCAGGGAAGGAAAUGGAAAAAAAAAAAAAAAAAGCCAGCAGGGCAGGGAUUGUGUAAGUGGAACUCUGGGUUAACUGGUCGGUCGCCACACCCAGAAUUUGCUUUCUUGGACCAUGUUUGAGGCUUAGAACAGGCUCUGGCCAGCAGUCUUCACUGGUUGUGAAUGCCAGCAGUUUCUUUGAUAGAGACCUACCUUUAUAAAUCGGACAUUUUUGGACAUUAGUCAAGCUAUGACAGGUUUGGAAAUCCUCUGUGGGGGAGGGGCAAAUAUAAAGUUUCCUCUUUUUUAAUCUGUUCCCUUCACCCUUCAAACUGCAGAUUCCCCCCUGCCCCCCAAAGUGGGGUUUUGUCCCUACUUGAUUAAAGAUUGAGUGAAAUUCUA